AUGUCCAAAACUUACGACGUAAUCAUCGUCGGCGCCGGAAUCUCAGGUAUCAACGCCGCCUACAGACUCCAAUCCCAACUCCCCGGUUACUCCUACGCCAUCCUCGAAGCCCGUGAUGAUCUAGGUGGAACAUGGGAUCUCUUCAAAUACCCCGGUAUCCGCUCCGACUCCGAUCUCUUCACUUUUGGAUUCCAAUUCAACCCCUGGCCCGCCGAUAACCCCAUCGCUGAGGGUUCCGCCAUUAAAGACUAUGUCAGGUCCACAGCGAAGAAAUUCAAUAUUUUCCCAAACAUUCACUUCAAGCAUCGUCUCGCAUCCGCAGAUUGGUCGUCAGAGUCUAAUUCGUGGUCGCUCGCUGUGCAGGCUGGAGAUCAGGAACAAGAACAGAUCUUCACCGCCCGUUACGUCAUCUUCGGCACAGGCUACUAUAAUUAUCACGAGCCCUUGAAGGCUGAAAUUCCCGGUCUGGAUGCCUUCGCCGGAAAGAUUGUGCAUCCCCAGUUCUGGCCCAAAGAUCUCGACUACAAGGAUAAAAAGAUCGUGAUUAUUGGCUCUGGCGCUACCGCUGUUACCCUCUUGCCCAAUUUGGCGGAGAAAGCCCAGCGUGUGACAAUGCUCCAACGGAGUCCGACCUAUAUCCUCUCGUUGCCCAAUCGGACUAACAGUCGCUGGCUAAGCUAUAUCCUGCCCUAUUCGUGGUAUACGCGGCUGCAGCGCUUUAUUUGGAUCUAUACCUCCCGCAUCUUUUUCCUGUUCUGUCAACGUUUUCCAGGUCUCUCGCGCUGGCUGUUGAGAUUGAAUGUCAACAAGCAGUUGCCCAAGCAUAUUUCUCACGACCCGCAUUUCAAACCCAGGUAUAAUCCAUGGGAUCAACGUUUGUGUGUUUGUCCCGAUGGGGAUUUGUUCCGUUCUUUGAGACAAGGCAAGGCAGAUGUCAAGACCGAUACUAUCAAGCAGGUUGUGAAAAAGGGGAUUGUGCUCAACUCGGGUGAGCAACUUGAUGCAGAUAUCAUUAUUACUGCUACUGGGUUGCGACUUCAGAUUGCCGGUGGUGCCAAAUUGUCUGUGGAUGGAAAGAAGAUUGAAAUCGGUGAUAAGUAUCUGUGGAACGGAGUCAUGUUGCAGGAUUUGCCCAAUGCUGCAUUUGUCAUUGGGUAUACCAAUGCUUCGUGGACUCUCGGUGCGGAUGCCACCGCGCAGUUCGUGUGUCGUUUGCUGAAGAAGCUCGAGUCGGAGAAGUUGAUCGCUGCGACGCCUAAACUAAAGGAAAAAGAUGCCGCUACCCUGCAGGAUCGCCCGCUCCUCAAUCUGAACUCCACAUAUGUUUCUAUUGCGCAGCGCGUGCUGCCCAAGGCUGCCGAUCGCGGUCCAUGGCAGCCUCGUGAUCACUAUCUCAAGGACAUCAAGUUCGCACAGGGAGGUGAUAUCAAUACUGGGCUGGAGUUUGUACAGGGGCCAAGUGUGCACCUGCGUGCGAAACUCUCUUGA